CGCCGCGGCGCCGUCGGACAAGAACCUCCUCCCCUCCCUUGUCGGAUCCAAACCCACUAACGGGUUCAUACCCUCGACCCGUCUUCUUAGAAUCCCAACAAAUCAAAGGAGAGGGAGAAAGAUGGAGUCUUUGAAGGUCAGUUGUUCUUCCAAGGGCUUGACUUACAAAGAAGCGGGUGUUGAUAUCGAUGCAGGGUCGGAGCUUGUGAAGAGGAUUGCGAAGAUGGCGCCUGGGAUUGGAGGGUUCGGGGGUCUCUUCCCAUUGGGAGAUUCAUACCUUGUCGCGGGUACCGAUGGAGUAGGAACCAAACUUAAACUUGCAUUUGAGACGGGAAUUCAUGAUACCAUUGGAAUUGAUCUGGUAGCUAUGAGUGUAAACGAUAUUGUUACCUCUGGAGCAAAGCCAUUGUUCUUCCUUGAUUAUUUUGCCACAAGUAAUCUCGAUGUUGAUCUUGCUGAAAAGGUAAUCAAAGGGAUUGUUGAUGGCUGCCAACAGUCUGAUUGUGCACUUUUAGGAGGAGAGACAGCUGAAAUGCCCGACUUCUAUGCGAAAGGAGAGUAUGAUUUGAGUGGGUUUGCUGUUGGUAUCGUGAAGAAGGAUUCUGUCAUUGAUGGGAAGAAUAUUGUGGCUGGGGAUAUGCUUAUCGGUCUUCCAUCAAGUGGUGUUCAUUCUAAUGGGUUUUCUCUUGUAAGAAGGAUUUUGGCACGGAGUGGACUUUCUUUGAGCGAUCAACUUCCUGGAAAUAGUGGCAAAACUCUCGGUGAAGCCCUAAUAGCACCCACUGUCAUCUAUGUCAAGAAGGUGCUAGAUAUUAUCAGCAAGGGAGGUGUCAAAGGCAUAGCCCACAUCACUGGUGGUGGUUUCACUGAUAAUAUACCGAGAAUUUUUCCUGAUGGCUUGGGCGCCAAGAUCUUGUCAAAUUCUUGGGAAAUUCCUGCAGUGUUCAAGUGGCUUCAAGAGGUACGGGAUGUCUUAUUUAGAUGUGUUUCUUUGCACUUGUUUCUUGUCAAGUCGUGCAGGCAUUGUCUGUGCGAUAUUGGUGGCAAAAAAUGA